GGUGUGUGUGUGUUCAGUAUGUUCUUCUGUCAACAGGGGCGCUAACUGAACUGUGCGUCUUGUCAGGUACCGGGGGCGCGUCUGCACAGAGGAAAGCGGGUUUCAAUUUCAAACCCAAACAGUUCCGAGGGAAGAGCCCGCGGAUUGUCGGUAUUAUUAAACUAACACACCGCCGCUUGUAAUUCUAGAAAUAGUACCGUUUCCUCAGCAUCAAACAUAACUAUAGAUUCCCUCCUCGCUGCGGUUUUCGUCCCCAGACUCCGCUAAAAAGUCGCACAACGCGUCUUCUUGGGCACUUUUUCCGCGCCUGGUUCAUUUGACAAACGGACGCUGUGUGUGUUUGUUUGUUUGUGCAGGUGUUGACCUCUCCGGAUCCGACACACAUCCAUAGUCUUUCUAUCACACAUCUGUUAGAGCAAACCGCGUUUUUGCAGGAAAAUGCCGAGGUCCAACAGGCAAAGGGAGUACAAACCCGGAGAUCUGGUGUUUGCUAAGAUGAAGGGGUAUCCACACUGGCCUGCGAGGAUUGAUGAGUUACCUGAAGGAGCAGUGAAAUCGCCCUCAAACAAGUACCAAGUGUUCUUCUUUGGAACACAUGAGACGGCUUUCCUGGGAGCCAAGGAUCUGUUCCCAUACGAUGAAUGCAAGGAGAAGUUUGGAAAACCGAACAAGAGGAAAGGCUUUGCUGAGGGACUCUGGGAGAUUGAGAACAACCCUACCGUUACGCAUGAAGGCUAUGAGUCAACAAAGAAGGACAACUCAGAAGGUGCAGGUGACACAGGUGGUUCAGAGAAACCCGAGGCCGAGGGCAGCAGCGAUGAGGAUGAAGGGACCCUUGUCAUUGACGAGAAGAACGAGAGGGGAGGAACCAAGCGAAAAGCAGGCGACUCCACAGAGGUGUCUCCUAAGAGGCUGAAGGACACGGAGGCAGAUGGUGAUUCGAAAGUAGACAAGUCUAACACGGAGGCCAAGCUCAACGAUGUGGCCGGGCCCAAGGCAACUGCUCCGUCUUCACAGAGCGAGUCAAAACCAGAGGCCCAGGAAAACGCUGCUGCAGGAGGCCACCAAACGGCAGAUAAGCCUGUGACAGACAGCGCUUAACAGCAGGUGACAGAAGAAAACAGGAACAUUUUGAUGCUUCUCUGGAAUUUAAGCAUCAAAAUGGUUUCCUUCAGGAUGCCAGACAUCAGCUGUUUUAAUUAAUAGGAGAAUUUAAAGAAAAAACAUGUUUGUAUUGAGAAACAAACAAAUCAUCAUUUGCCACUUUGGGAUAUCAUAUAUCCCAGAAACAAAAGUUUGCUAAUUUGAAAACAAUUGAGCUGAGCACUUUAAGGCUCAUUUAUAAAUGGGAUUUUGGUGUGUAUAUAUUUUUGUUUCUAAGUGCAAUUACAUAAAUUACAAAGACUUAAUGCUAGGUGUCAAACAUUUUUCAGUUUAGAGGGAAUAAACACUGAAUAUAUUACAAAUAAAACCUAGAUGUGAUGGAUUUUUGAGAAAAGAGUACAUUUAAAUCACAAAAAAGUACAUUUAUUUCAGUCCCAGUUAAUGGUUUUAAAAUGUUGAUAUUGUACAGAAAAAAAAAAAACAGAUUUUCACCCGCGCUCGAAGCUUUAGCUCAUAAAAUAAAUGUUUUACUUCCAUUCAUUUCACUUAGCUUCUCAGCCUGGUCUUAGAUUAUAUAUUCAGUCAUUGGAUACAUGAUAAGUUGCACUUUGAGAGUUUGUUUGUUUUUUGUUUUUUUUUGCCUGAAUAAUCAUUUGUCUUGUUCAUUGUAUGAUGUUUUUAUGCAACACAGGUUUUGUUGCUUUGGUGUAGUAUGUGCUUUAUUGCAGGUGACCAAAUUUAAGUGAUUAAAGUCACUGAAUCCCUUAUGGGGUCUUCUUGGAUAUUGGACAUAUUGAAUAUGUAAAGCCCAUUCGAGAAGAACUGUUUAAAGACUUUACCAGGUUCAGUGUGUUUUGCUGGUUAUUGUGUGCAUUACUGAGAAGAGAAAGACAUUCCUGAAUGUUGUCGUCAGAGCUCAGCCUUGAAACAUUGUCAGACAAGGUGGAGAAAUUAUAUUUUGGGGGACAUAUAACCCUCCCCACUGUUUCUGGUGAAAUUAUCUGGCAAACUCCAAAUCCAUCAACCCAACACAAAUUAAUUCUGUCACAUUUGUCAUUUA